AUGGAAGCCCGAACCUUGAGUAAAAGAUUUAUGGGAAAGUCACAACCGUCGGAUGCAAAAAAAUCAAAGAAAUAUCACGAUCGUUCUACCACAUAUGUGGGGUAUUCUAGAAGAGAUCGAAGUGCUCAACAUCCUAAUCCGAGAUCUCCGAUCCCAUCAGUAGCAAGUGCAGGAAGUGAUAGAAACCCCAAACCCAGAUGCAAACAUUGUAAUAAAUUUCAUUUUGGUGAAUGCCGCAUGCGAAGUGGAGCGUGUUUUAGAUGUAGUUCUCUUGAUCACUAUAUCAAAGACUGCCCGAAAAGACUUGAAAAAGAUACUAUUCAGACUUCAAGGUCGAGUAACCCCACCUUGAAAGGUAGACCACCCCGUAACCCCGGUAAUAUGAGUGAUAACCGAGGUAAAGGAAAAGUUUCAACUACCAAAUCUAAUGCACGAGCACCAGCAAGAACAUAUGCUAUUCGUGCUAGAGAGGAUGCCUCUACAUCAGACGUCAUUGCUGAUACUUUUUCUCCUUUUUAA